AGAUCAGGGCCAAAUAAGAAUAAAAAGUUAAUAUUUUGAAUGUCAUUUUACAAUUCUUGACUACUGUGAAAUACGAUAAAGCCUUCACUGUACACAACCAGGUCUGUUUAGAUAAGGAAUAGAAAAAAAAAAAUUACAUUCAGUUUGUUUUCACUUUCAAGGUCACUUCUAUCCACAUUAUAUUACCCUAAUGUAGCACCAGUGAUUGAAUGUGACCUUACGGUUACAGAAUCAAUUUCCUUUAUUUCACAAGAACAUGUUAUUCAGUCUGCUGCUAAGAAUUAAUCAGUCCGAUGAUAUUCCAUUUGAGGGCGAUAGCGACUACUCUAGUCCAGACAGUAAUAGGGGGGUGGGAGGUGGUUCCUGGUGAGUCUCUUAUCUUUUUUUUUACAGAUUAUGAUUAAUAUGAGGAAGUACAGGGUCUGUAUGAAGACUUAGACCCCCCAAGGUCAGAUUUGAGACUAUCAGAGAGUGUACCGUAAUGAAGGGGGGCAGUCCCAUUAACUAUUCAUUACUGGAGACUUGGUGGAGAAUGUAGGAGCUUAACCUGAGCACCCAGACAUUGCUGUAGGGGGGCGUUGUGGUCUAUUUGUGUGUGACUGAAAAGACUGACUAAUCAAUAAGGUGGGGUCAGAAAAAGGAGUCUAUUUUUGUGUGUAUGUGUUUUUGAUGUACGUGAUGAUGAGACUCGACCCUGCUUGAGGAGUGUAGGGGGUCUCGAUUAGUGGCUGGAUAAAACACUCCGUCUUUGAGUGCCUCAGGGGUUUUACCCCUUAAGGAGUCCGGCUUUUGAACGAGAAUACCCCCUACACAACCCCAACAUACACAACCCACAUGCUGACAGAGGAUUGGGGGGUGACUUCUCUACACGUUACGGAGAGGGAGGGUCGAAUAUGCUCAAGGAUACGCUCACAAGCAAGAAAACAGUGUCACGGAAUGGCCAAACCAAAACCACGCCGGCCAGAGUUUCCAUGGCAACGCCAAACUGAUGAAUGAAUGACAUCAUGGCGACUGGGAGGUGAGAGAGAGUGUGAAAUUGAUUUGGUGGAGCAGAGCGGAGGCGUACACGGGCAGGCACGUUUUUCUCCGUCUCCCUACCUUUUCUCUUCUGUUCACCCUUUCCUCUCGUGCUGGACGAGAUUGCCGGUUGUUUUCAGCUAUGUAACGUGUUCAGGCAGAACAUGGAGAUAGACCAGUGUCUGCUGGAGUCUCUGCCGUUGGGCCAGCGUCAGAGGCUGGUCAGACGCAUGCGUUGCGAGCAGCUGCGGGUCUACUACGAGCGUGAACGGACACUACAGAAGCAGAGCUUCCCCAAGCCCCGGGCCACCAACCGCAAAAAACAAAGAAUCAGCUUCACUCUUUCAGACGUCAUCCAAGAUGCCAUUAUACGACACGACGACAAAGAGGUGCUGAGGCUGCUGAAGGAGGGAGCUGACCUGAACACAGUGAUUUCCUCAGGAGGAUCUCUGCUCCAUCUGUGUGCCCGCCAUGACAAUGUGUUCGCAGCAGAGAUUUUGAUAGAGAAGGGACUGAAUGUCAACCUGCAGGAUGAGGACCUCUGGACCGCCCUGCAUGUGGCCUGCGCCUGCGAUCACGCAGAUAUGGUGCUGCUGCUACUGCUGGCUGGAGUCAACGUGCUCCUGCAGGAUGUGAACGGGAACAUUCCACUUGACUACGCCACAGAGGGGACGGAAACCAGCUACAUCCUCAUCAGACACCUGGAGGAGAAUGGAGUGGACAUGAGCUCUAUGCACCAGAUGAAGACCCAGCGCUCAUCCACCAUGAUGUCUGAUGUGAGGCAGCUGGUCAGCAGCGGGGGCGGCGUCAAUCAACAGAAUGAUGACGGGGUCACGCUGCUACACAUCGCCAGUGCCAGCGGUUAUAAGGAGGUUGUGUCAAUGCUGCUGGAGAACGGUGCAGAUGUCCAGGUGUCUGACAACAGCUACUGGACACCCUUACAUCUGGCUGCCAAAUAUGGGCAGACCCAAAUUGUGAGCCAGCUGUUGAAGCACAAAGCUGAUCCUACUCUACUGAACUGCAACCAGGACAAGCCCUCAGACAUAGCUGCUACUGAGCAGAUUGCAGAGAUACUGAUGAGAGCAGAGGAAUUCUGGGUACAGAGACAGACAGACCCCUUGGCCCCGCCUCCACAAUCAGAAGAGCACUGCACAGAGCCCAACCAAGACAACAACCUGCCUGUAAAAAAACUGGCUACUAUGGCUUUACCCAUCUCUAGGAGAGACAGUUUGUUGGAGAAGGAGGCCAUGUUCAGGGACUCAGGAGGAUCUCUGACACAGCAGCCUUCACUUGAUAACGGGCUGGAUGGACCGUACCCCAGCGCUGCAGGAAAACUGGAGCAGGUAAAACUGAUGCCUCCUGCCCCUAAUGAUGACCUUGCAUCCCUCAGCGAGCUCACGGACAGCAGCCUGCUCUACGAGAUGCAGAAGCGCUUCGCCAAUGACCAGAUAUAUACCUACAUUGGACACAUUCUUCUCCUCAUUAACCCUUACAAGGACCUGCCCAUCUACUCUAAUCUCGUCAGUCAGUUGUAUCUGAGCUCCAGUGGUCGUCUGUGUUCCUCUCUCCCGCCUCAUAUCUUCUCUUCAGCUGAGCGCGCUUAUCACAUGAUGCUGCAGGAGCGACGCCCACAGUGUUUCAUCAUCAGCGGAGAGAGUGGUUCUGGGAAGUCUGUGGCCUGUAAGCACAUCCUGAAACACCUGGCUGCUCGCUCAAGUCCCAAAGGCUUCGCUUUAGAGCCACGGAUGAAGCAUGUGAAUGUGAUCUUGGAAGCUUUUGGCCAUGCUAAGACCCAGAUGAACUCCUCAGCAAGCCGUUUCAUCAAGCUGAUCUCACUGCAGUACUGUGAGAAGAGAAAGACUCUACUCAGAGGCCGUCUCUACACUUAUAUGCUGGAGAAGUCAAGGGUCAUCUGCAUGCCUCCACAUCAGCAGAACUUUAACAUCUUCUACCUUAUGGCUGAGGGGCUUUCAGCGGAGGAGAAGAGUAAUCUGUAUCUAAACAACGUCUUAGCCCACAGGUGUCUGAAUACAGCGGCUCCCGGUGAAACUGCAGUAGCUACCGCAUGUCCUCAGAGCAGAGAGAAGCUCUCGGCCCUUAAACAGGCACUGCGUGCGCUCGGCUUCAAUAGACUGGAGGUGGAGAAUUUGUUUGUGGUCCUCUCUGCGCUGCUGCAUUUGGGAGAUCUGCGCUUCACCGCCCUGACAGACGCUGACACUGCGUUUGUGUCCGACUUGCAGCUGCUAGACAGAGUGGCUGGGAUGUUGCAGGUGAGCUCUGAGGAUCUAGGCUCUGCCCUCACCUCUGAUGUGCAGUGUUUCAAAGGUGAUGUCAUAACAAGGCGCCACACAGUUGAAAUGUCCAACCAUCACAGAGACCUCUUAGCCAAAGCUCUGUACGGACGACUCUUCAGCUUCUUGGUCAAUAACAUUAACUUUUACCUCCAAGGCCAUGAAGAAAGCACUGGAGAUCCUGCCCUUGAGAUAAGCGUCUUGGACAUAUUUGGCUUUGAGGAAUUCCAGCGCAAUGGUUAUGAACAGCUGUGCAUUAACAUGGUAAAUGAGCGGAUCCGGCAGUACACAGCAGAGGUGCUCUUCCAGCAAGAGCAGCAAGAAUGUCUGCAGGAGGGGGUUGCCAUGGAGACGCUACGCUCCCUCGGCAACCAGACAGCGGUGCUGGACUUCUUCUUCCAGAAGCCUCAGGGUUUGCUGUGCAUUAUUGAUGAGGAGAGUCAGUCCCUCAGGCCAUGUGAAGUCAACCUUUAUAAGCGACUGCAGAUACAGCUGGAUUCCUCCUGUACGGACGCCGUCUCCCUCACAACCAAAGAUGGCAACGGGAACCCCCCACCCAAAGACCAGGGGCCAUCGUUUACAGUCACUCACUACGCUGGCAAGAUGACCUACGACCUGACGGGCUCAUUGGACAAGAACAAGGAUGUUCUUCCCCAAAACAUCUUGUUUGUUAUGAAAACAAGUGAGAACGUGCUCAUCCAUCAAAUGUUCCAGUGUAAGCUGACUCAGACAGGCUCAUUGGUUCCCCACCACCAGCGGAUGAAGCUUCGCGGGCCCAAAGGCACUUUGCUUAACAAGAGCACUACACUAAAUCCUGCCAGAGAUGCCAAGAAAUAUGUGGAACUGAACAAGCUCCUGAAGAAGAAGGGAGGGAUGUCCUUCUUGCAGAGGCUGGAGCGCUGUGGACCAGUCACUGUGGCUGUGCAGCUCAGGAACUCUCUGUGUGAGAUCAUCAGUAAGCUGCAAGCAUGUACUCCCCACUUUGUCCAGUGCGUCAGGCCCAACAACGCCGGAAAGCCUGAUGUGUUUGACAGCUUCCACGUGUCCUCACAGCUCCAGUACGUGGGGGUUCUGGAGAUGGUCCGCAUGAUCCGGUAUGGAUACCCAGUCCGGCUGUCUUUCACCAGCUUCCUAAGCAGAUACAGAGAGCUGGUGGACACUAUCCUCACUGACAAGAAGAAAGCAUCCGCAGAGGAGAAGUGCCGCCACAUUCUGCAGCACUGUAAACUCCAGGGCUGGCAGAUGGGCAGCAGUAAAGUUUUCUUGAGAUACUGGCAGGCUGAUCACCUUAAUGACCGUUGCCAUCAGCUGCACAGGAAGAUUAUUAUCUGUCAGAAAGUGGUGCGUGGCUGGUUGGCCAGACAGCAGGUGUGUCGCAAGCUCACUUCUCGGAAGCAGGAGCAGUGCAAUGUCCAUCGGUUCCUGCAGGGAGCAGAGGACUUGGGUAUGCACGCUUACGACAGCUUGGUCAUCCAAAACGCAGCCGAUAUCGCACGAGAAAAUGACCGCCUCCGGGGUCACAUCAGCGCUCCACCACUGGGCGAGCGACCGGAACCUGUGGGCAAAGAAGAAGACUCACCAAAGAGGGUUGUUGAAAAAAUUGGGAGGGUCAAUGAUGUGGCGGGCCGUGGGGGGAACCGACCACUCCGGCAUUUCCGCUCAAGCUCUGUGCCUCUCCCUCUGGUAAUGGACAGCUUGGUACACUCCAGCAUUGGGACAUCAAUCAAAGCAGCCCUUCAGCCUGUGCCACACUCCACUGAGGAGGGGAAUGGAGGGAACCUCUCCUCCCCACGAAAACAACCUCCUCCCAAACCCAAACGAGACCCAAAUACACGUCUGAGUGCAUCAUAUGAGGCAGUGAGUGCAGGGCUGAGUAUUGCACCCAAAGACAGCCCUGCUGAGGGUCAAACCUCACCGUCUGGAAGCCCACCAAAAAACCAGCUGUCUCCUUCUGAUCCUCUCUCUAAACCACGGCCUCACAGUGAUGACUACAGCACCAUGAAGAAGAUCCCACCCCCAAAGCCUAAACGCAGCCCUAAUACUAAACUGACAGGCUCCUAUGAGGAGAUCUCUAUACCCUCUCCUGCGCGCCCCACAGACAUGAAACUUGUCAGCCUGGUACGAGGCGGCCACUGCUUGGGCCUCUUCCAGCGAGCAGCAUCUGCAGAUGGCCCCCAUUCUUCUGUACUAAGCCUCUACCCUUGCCAGGACGAGGAGGAUGUGUAUAUUGAGAUGGUAGGGGCCUCACGAGCCCUCAGCCUGGCUGACUCCCACAGUCCAGAGCUGAGCGAGGCAGUAUAUGAGGAGAUGAAGUACUUCCCACCUGAUGAGGUGGGGUCAACUCCGGUGGUCAAGCCUGAAGUUGUCAAUCCCACCACCACUACCCUACCUGCUCCAGUGCUGGAAGUCAAGAGGCCUGUGACUCUGAUGGAGCACUCCGGCACUCUCGGGGGAAAGCAGCCAGGCAAGGAUGGGACAGCAUGUGACAUUCCAGCUCCAUUCCCCAACCUCCUUCCACACCGUCCCCCACUUCUGGUCUUCCCUCCAUCCCCUGUCACCUGCUCACCCGCCUCGGAUGAGUCCCCCCUUACCCCUCUUGAGGUGAAGAAGCUGCCGGUGUUUGAGACCAACCUUAACUACACCAGCCAGGACGGGGGAAGCCCACUCUCACCCCAGUACACCCGGCAAAGGGCUGAUUCCUCACCAAGUCUUUCUGUCUUAAUGCCAGACAAGUCCACGCCACCCUUGACUCCUCCCCCUCCAGCAGUACUUCCACCUCCCUACCGCCCCCCUUCUCACUUCCCCUUCCCCCCUGAGGCAAACUUCUUGGCCCUGACCCGUGCAGCUUCUGUGGCUAGCACCGAUUCCCCCAAAGUCUCCCAUAAAAUGGCACACGGUCUGGCAGAGACGCCUUCAAGCAGUUCCAAGCCUCCCUUCUCACCAGUGAAGACCUCACGACCAGAGCCCCGCAGAGCUCACUCCUGCUCCUCCUCGCCUCUGCUCUUCAACCCUGCCAAUGGGAGACCCCUCACUAGCCCCCUAGAUGAGCUAAACACCAUUUUCAGCUCAGGGCGCAGCCUACUCCGCAAGUCCACUACAGGAAGAAAGAUCAGAGACAGCGGACUGUCAAAUUCCAACAUUAACCUGCCAGGUCGAGAGGAUCAAGGCCCAAUCUCCCCGUCAUCACAGUUACAGGAUAAAAACGCCAACAACCACACCUCUCCCAACUCUUCAAAUCCAGCCCCCAUUGAGAAUGGCAACCAGAUCUCCAAUGGUAAUGGCACAAGAGGAACAUUGGAAGACGACGGACAUCCAAAGUCAAAUGCGUCCAGCACCUCGGCGAUACACAGGCACAUGGACAGCCACCACACUCAGGUGCUCCAGAGGUCACGUGUAUGUGGGGAUCAGCGGGCCACUCUGCAGGAAUUAUUGCGCUGGCGGAGGAGUGUUUGUGACGGUCGACCGGAUUGGCAGAACGCUUGGCUUCACACAAACACCUCACCCACCCUAACGGUGAAGACCAAGAGUUUCAGAAAGAAAGCAUCGCCCUAGAGAUUGUGGUCUUCCUGAGUUAAAACUCAGUUAAACCCCACUCCUUAGGCCCGAUGACCCUUUUUAUGUUUUACCCUUCACAUAAGGGUGGCAUCCUCUAAAUAGAGCCAGACUCUGAACUCAGGAGAGGAGGGCAUCUCGAUUUGUUCUUGUUCCUCUCUUCACUUCUUUUGAAACAAUCAAAGGUUCCUGGUAAAAUGGUUCCACGUCUCUCUAACUAAUGGCCAACUGUGACCAAAUAACCACCCCCAAAGACUACCAAUCCCUGUCCUGAAACAAACAAAGGGGACAUGGCUAUUAUGAAUCCCAUUCGCAGUGUCCUAAACAUCUCUCUGUUUGAAAGUUCUCAUCAUGUCGCCUUGAUUGCAACUCAUCAACGCUAUCUUAGGGCUGUGCAAACAUAUCUCAACUGUGCUACUGCGUGCUAUAGUCUACAUUGUGGGCCAUAUUUUAGUUUUAAACCCUGGUGCUGGUCGCUCCACAUGUGGUUGUUGUUGCCCGGGUUGGGUAAAAAGUGCCAGUUCUGUUCCAGCUCGAGCACUCGAGACACAUGGACGCGACAGACCUUAAAGUUUACAAGACAAAAACUUUGUGUUGACCUCAUAGGCCUAGCUUUGUCAACAAAGUCCUCCUUCAGGUUCAGGAAAGCAGCUACACCUCACGCUUUUUCAGGUGCUUUGGUUACCCUCCAUCAGGGUUGGCAACCAUCACACACAGGUUGUGACCUUACAAAGAGGUCAGGGUUCAGGGAAAUUAUUAGUAACAUCACAAAUACACAACAUUUCCACCAGCUUCUGGACUACAUUCAUCGUUCACUCUAGGCUAAUGUGCUCACACUUCUGCAACACAAAACCAAGAGGUUUUACAAGACUUAAUGUUGACGAACUUGAAGACGCCUGAUUUAUAUUGAAUGGUUAAAGAGCACAAUUCUCAUAAUACACUUUUAGAUGGAACAAUCAUUACAAGUGAUGGAUAUUACUGCCGAUUUGAUUCCCGCAACAAGAGUUCUUGGACUUUUCCUCAAAGGUGCUUAUGUACGAAUGCUGGGUUGUAUGGUAACAUGUCAGUACCUUAGUAGAUGAUCUGUACAGCACAUGACCUUUGGUCUCCCUGAAGUUCAGAAUAUUCAUGUCUCUCGUUGUGUGAGGCAUUUGAUUUAACCAUACAGUGCACACGUUCAGAUUUAUUACCUGAUAGAACUUGGGUAAAUAUUUUUGGACCUUGAACACUGGGUUCGCACCAUAAGCACAGCCAUGGACCUGACAUACAGGUGCUUUUCUGAGAAUAAGCAGAACUUGACCGUCUAGUUCUGGUUGUCUUCAAUAUGACUGAAUAGAUGAGUUAUGUACAGAUUGCAAAUGUUUUGAUGAGUAUAUUGGCAAAUUAUUGUCUUUAUAAUGGAAAGCUAUCCCGAAUGUUCAAGAAUGCAAUGACAGAAGGACUAAGGUGGUGGGUUUUAUAGUGUGAAUAUCAUUUUAGUAAAGAAUGAUUGUUUAUUCAUGGUAAACUCUUUAGCCGUUCUCCAUCCCCACAGGAUUGCGGUCAAUCUUUGAAAAUGUAUAAAGAUAUUUAAUUUAUUGUAUAGAACUUUUGUGUUUGUGCAAGUACAUUUGAGUUGCACUUUGCCGCUGUUUCGUUUAAGCUUCAUUAAGAGUGUCACUUCAUGCCUGUUUGCUUAUCCUGAAGGCACCAUCCUGACUUGCUGAAAAAAGGUAUAACAUUUGGGGACUCUUCUAAAAAGAGCCCAUUCAAUCACUUUGACACAAUGAUCAAUGUCAAGGUAUUUGGUCUCAAUAUCUGAAUGUACAUGCAUUAAAUCUGAGAAAACAGUGACUUAAUAUGUAUGGUUUACAUAACCAGUUUUGUUUAAUGAUUGUAUUGAAACCGUAAAUUAUUUUCAAAUGUAAAACAUGAUCUAAAAUUCAUUCAAAUUAACAUAUUGUAGAGAUGAUUUGUUAGGCCCAGUUUUAGGAGUCAUACUUUCUGGCUCUUUAAAUCAAUACGAAGGCUUAUGUAUCUCAUAUCUUCCCAACAAAUGUGAAUACUCCCUUUCCCCAUUCCAUUGGACGGUGGUUUAAGCAUCUUUCACUGCUGUGCAAUCCUGCAGAUCAGAGACACAUAUUAAAAUCACUGUGCAGGCCAGUGCUGAUGGAGACCGAAACUCACUUCAUGGGUUUGAUCCACAGUUUUGGAAUAGCUUCUUUGCAUCGCUUCUGCUUAACAGGGUUACAAUACUAUUAUUUGAAACACUAAUUUAUUUAAAAAAAAAAAUUAAAAAAAAAUGCUAUUUUAUGAUGACUUUCCAUCAAUACUACAAAACAAAAAGAAUAAAAACUGUACAGUAUGAGCCCAUUUUUCUACUUUGUUGUUGAAAAGGGAACGUAUGUUAACGCAUGAGAUCUCUCUUACGUACAUGCCCCAUAUGUCUGUUUUUCUGUGCUUAGUCUGAUACAGUGUGGAGAUAUACACUUCAUCGGAUCAUGCCCUUUGUCUUAACUGGUGCUGUGGAACCAUCCAGACAUGAUGUUAUGAACUUCCUCUCACCCUCCAGCCCAACACAGCCUCGUUAUAAUGGAGUUAUUGAUUUGAUGGCAAAACAAUGGCCACAAAUGGUUUGGUUAAGCUCAAUAUGUAGAGAACAUCUCCCAGUAUUCUAGUCGAGACCAGUUCAUUUGAUUCCGAGUCAUGACCAUAACCAGAAUAGGGUCUUUAUACAAAACGGUUUCAAGCAGCUUUACAGUGACAGCAGGGAAAUUAUUCAAUGCUGCAAAACAGUUCAUUUCGGCUGUACGGCAAUGUCAUUGUUCAGCUGAAGUCAGUUCAGUGUUGAUUCAGUUUUAUUGUAAAGAUCAUCAAUUAUUAAAUUAGUUCAUUUCAUCUAUAAAGCACUUCUUCAGAAAAUAGUAAUAUCAUCCAGCUCAGUUCAGUUCUCAUCCAAUAGUGUCAGUGUAGUCAAAUCAAUAAUAUUGUUGAAUAUUACGUCCCCUAUGUCCCCAACUAAGCAAGUCAGAGGCGGCAGUGGCAAAGUGGCAGAAUGGAGACAGAAAAAAAAAAAAAAAAAAACCUUGGAGAAACUAGGCUCAGUUGGAGGCCAGUUUUCCCCAGGCCAACGAACGAACACGGUGUGAUUAUGAAUCAGGCUGCAUCACAAGUCAGAAAUCACAUUGUGAAUCGGUAGCAUUCAAAUAUUUCAUCCAUUUCCUUUUUCUUGCCUCAGUCUUGACUCGACCUCGACCUCUCUUCUCAGUCUUGACUCAAGACUCGAAUGAUCUGGUCUCAAAUACAACACUGACAUCUCCAUCUCAAGACAUUGAAAAAGUCAUUCAGAUUACUGUGCUUGCUCAAAUAUGCAGAGCUCAACAAAAUAUUAAAUUAUCAUGGCUGUUGCUGUCUUUUGUAGUCAGUGUGUUUUAGUUUUGUUUUGUUUCUUUAUGAUCCUUCUGUAAAUUAUAUAUAAACAUGCCUAUUACUUCAAUACAUGUUUGUGCAAAGGGGAAAAAAAAAAAAAAAAGUAUGUCUUGGUACAUAUUUUGUUUUGAAAUGUUUUAUAAAGUUCCUGUACAGCAAUAAAGCACAGUGUCAGUCAACUGACAAAAAAAA